UGUUGGAGCAGCACUCACGGGUCAGGUCUCCCAGGAAACAUCUUGAAAUAUCUAUUUGCUGGAGGUCUCUUCACUUUCUAACUUGUGACCAUUUCAUUGUUCCCAACCAAGAGGGUCUGAGGAAGCCUCUGAUGGUGUUUCUGGUCUCACUCUGGGCUUGUCUGGUCUAGGGCCGGCCCCCUCACUCUCUGCUGGGCCCCUCCUCCCUGAAGAUCUACACGGCAGAUCUACUCACAAUAGUCCACCCAGCAGAAGCAGGAGGGUGGUGGUUGUGGGUCCUCUGUGCGCAGCCCUGUUAACCUUUAAACCAGCACGGCUUCCGCGGCUGUGAGCCGAGCGCCUGGUCAGUGGAGAGCUGUGGAUUGCAUGCUUGUUUGCUGUUGCCCCCGCCACCCUGCAAGUUGCACCUUCUAGAAUCAGCAAGCCAAGCUCCUCUCACCCCAGCAGAAUGAUGCGGAAAUGCAAAUACACCAUCAUGUUGUGACCCAUAUUGCGAAAAUUAGAAAGAAGGAAGUUGUGUUUCGCUAUUGCACGAAGUUCAGCCCGGAGGAGAAACUCGCUCGCCUUCGGAAGACAGGUGAGUGGGGCCGGCCCUGAGGUCUUGGCGGAGCCCCGAGAUCUGACUGGUUUUGUGGAACUUUGGGGUGGUGGGAGCAUUCAGGGCAGGAGCCAUUUGAGGGAUGUUUUCAAGGCAGGAAGUGGCUGUGGUGGCACGGAAUGGUGUCUUGUUUUUGUUCUGUCGUCUUUCUCUGGGUUCCUGGAGCGUGAUGUGUAAAAAUUCAGAGUUAUUAUGGGCCUCAAAUGGCAAGCGUGAAAAGCCUUUGUCAACUGCCUGGGACAGUGCUGGGACAGUGUUGCCUAUCAUCUGGGGGUGGCUCAGGCUCUCACAAGAUGAACGGUGCCUGCCUGUGUCCCCAUCAAAGUCUGGCAGGGGCCCAAGUCCAAGGCUGACCAGAUACAGGGAGCCUUUUUCCAUCGGCUGGCAGUGCACCAGCCAGGGCAUCGAGACCACGGCCAGACCCUCUCAUGUCACCCAGGCCUCGGGGGCUGGGGGCAGUGUGAGCCUUCCUCUGCCUGAGCAGAGGUGGGUGGUCCCAGACGUGUCCUGGGGCUAGGCUUUCCCACACAGUGUGGCUCCAGAAGCUUCCUCUGCACUCUGCAGUUUAGAUAUUAGCAGAUGUGGGCCUGUGUAGCAUGGGGCUAUGAGGAAGGAGUGCCGCGCCCACUGAAGCCUUCUCACACCCCGUGCAGUGCCUGGCAGUGUGGGACAGUGGCGGGGCCACCUCAAGAGGUGCGUGGACUGCUGGCAGGGUCCCAGCGACACUGGCGGCACAACCCGACGCCACCGUGAUUGUGCCCACUGUGCAGAGGGGGCCCGAGGGGCAGGGUCAUGUUCGGGUCGCACAGCAUGGCCACACUCAUCUGUAAAGUGGGGACUGAGUCGUGCCAGGCUCACUGUAGUUCGGGACUGGACGUGCUCAGCAGGUGCCGCUGCCAUUCAGAUCAGUGCUUGCCAAUGCCCAGGGCAGAUGCUGGUCAGCCAUUCUUGCAGGGAGAAAACUGAGGCAUGGAGCUGACUUACCCUGGGCCCCCCAGCCUGCAAAGUGUCUGAUGAGCCCCAGUACAAAUCUUCACCACUUGCUCCGCGGCCCCAGAGCUGGGUGGGGCUAGCCAGCUGCGUGUGAAACGGAGGAAGUGGUUUGUCCCCAGCUGGGCUGUUACAGGAGGCCGGAGGAGGCCCCGGCUCCACUCCUCAGGGGGCUGAGGUCCGCGUCUACACAGAAACCAGCACUCCGCCAUGUGCAAGACCCCUCGGAGCUACAGCAGGCUGAGUGCCCUGCACACAGAGGCCUGCAGCUGUGUUGUGCAGAGGUGAGAGCUGAAAUGACCUUUUCCUGAGAAGCCGCACUGCUGUACAAGGACGGGCCUGACCUUCCUGGCCUGCACAGGUCUGCGCCCCUUGAGGAUUCCCAGAUAUUGUGGGUCCUGGUAGGUGACAAGGGGCCCAUUGUCUGAGGAGGGAGACAGGGACAUGAGACUGCCACGGUUGGAUCUGGCUGGCUGCAAGGACAGUGCAGGGCAGGCCCUGUGUGAAAUGGGGGCUGCCACGUCUGGGCCUGGGGACAAGCUGCCUGAUGCCUGGUGACACGAACUUGCACCCGUGGUGCCUCUGUCCCCACAUGUAAGACGAACAUGUGAGCUUCCCUACUCCCUCCUUCUGAGCUUGCCGCCUGCCGUACCUCCUAAAUGGCUCUACUUUGAACCUGCUGGGCAAGGAAAAGAUUUUCAAGGAAACCAUCUACUGUGCGCGAGCCCCUGCCGGCCAAUCCCAGACCCCAGCGCGGAGCCAGGCGCCUGUGCCUGCCAACCCUCAGCACCCUCCUCGGAGAGGCUGGUGGCAUCAGGAAGCCCCUGGCCAGCCUCCACCUGAGCCCAGUGACCUCAGCUUUAAGGAUGGAGUCAGGCAGGGGGUCCUCAACCCUUCCAGGAUCCAUUGCUGCCCUAGAGGUGCCAGAUACUGGACCUGGUAGUUCCUCUCUGGGGAAGCUCCAAGCACUCCCUGUCGGGCCCAGGGCCCACUGUGGGGAUCCUGGCAGCCCAGCUGCAGCAGGGAACGGCUCUCUAGACACGGGCCCCGCGGGAGAGCAGAGUGGUAGCUUAAAGAUCCCCAACCGGGACAGCGGGAUCGACAGUCCAUCCUCCAGUGUGGCUGGAGAGAACUUCCCCUGCGAGGAGGGCUUGGAGGCUGGCCCAAGCCCCACUGUGCUGGGGGCACACCCAGAGAUGACCCUGGACAGCCAGGUCCCGAAGGUCACCCCCCAGGAGGAGGCCGACAGCGACGUGGGUGAGGAACCUGACCCUGAGAACACCCCCCAGAAGGCUGACGAGGACGCCGGCCUGGCCCAGCACUCUGGCCCGCAGAAGCUUCUCCACAUUGCCCAGGAGCUCCUGCACACCGAGGAGACCUAUGUGAGGCGGCUGCACCUGCUGGACCAGGUUUUCUGCACCAGGAUGACGGAUGCGGGGAUCCCCCCAGAAGUCAUCACGGGCAUAUUCUCUAACAUCUCUUCCAUCCACCGCUUCCACGGGCAGUUCCUGCUGCCGGAGCUGAAGACGCGGAUCACGGAGGAGUGGGACACAAACCCACGGCUCGGGGACAUCCUGCAGAAGCUGGCCCCAUUCCUAAAGAUGUACGGCGAGUACGUUAAGAACUUUGACCGAGCCGUGGGGCUGGUGAGCACGUGGACCCAGCGUUCCCCAUUGUUUAAAGACGUCAUCCACAGCAUCCAGAAGCAGGAGGUGUGUGGAAACCUGACGCUGCAGCACCACAUGCUGGAGCCCGUGCAGAGGGUCCCCCGGUACGAGCUGCUGCUCAAGGACUAUCUGAAGAGGCUCCCGCAGGACGCCCCAGACUGGAAGGACGCGGAGAGGUCCUUGGAGCUCAUCUCCACAGCCGCCAACCACUCCAAUGCCGCCAUUCGGAAGGUGGAGAAAAUGCACAAGCUCUUGGAGGUGUACGAGCAGCUGGGUGGGGAAGAGGACAUUGUCAACCCAGCCAACGAGCUGAUCAAGGAGGGCCAAAUCCAGAAGCUAUCAGCCAAGAACGGCACCGCCCAGGACCGCCACCUCUUCCUGUUCAACAGCAUGAUCCUUUAUUGCGUGCCCAAGUUGCGGCUCAUGGGCCAGAAGUUCAGCGUCCGGGAGAAGAUGGACAUCUCAGGCCUCCAGGUGCAGGAUAGCGUCAAGCCAAACACAGCACAUACAUUCAUCAUAACGGGAAGGAAAAGGUCCCUGGAGCUGCAGACGCGGACAGAGGAAGAGAAGAAAGAAUGGAUUCAGAUCAUCCAGGCCACCAUCGAGAAGCACAAGCAGAACAGUGAGACCUUCAAGGCUUUCGGUGGCGCCUUCAGCCAGGAUGAGGACCCCAGCCUCUCUCCAGACGUGCCUAUCACGAGCACCAGCCCUCUGGAGCCUGUGGUGACCACCGAAGGCGGUUCGGGUGCAGCAGGGCUCGAGCCCAGAAAACUAUCCUCUAAGACCAGACGUGACAAGGAGAAGCAGAGCUGUAAGAGCUGUGGUGAGACCUUCAACUCCAUCACGAAGAGGAGGCAUCACUGCAAGCUAUGCGGGGCGGUCAUCUGUGGGAAGUGCUCCGAGUUCAAGGCCGAGAACAGCCGGCAGAGCCGCGUCUGCAGACAGUGUUUCCUGACACAGCCAGUGGCUCCCGAGAGCCCCAGCCCCGAGGCUCCGGCCGAGCCCAAGCAGAGCACAGAGAAGACACCCGCUGCAGACGCCCAGCCCAGCCUGCUCUGUGGCCCCCUGCGGCUGUCAGACAGCGGUGAGACCUGGAGCGAGGUGUGGGCCGCCAUCCCCAUGUCGGAUCCCCAGGUGCUGCACCUGCAGGGAGGCAGCCAGGACGGCCGGCUGCCCCGCACCAUCCCUCUCCCUGGCUGCAAACUGAGUGUGCCGGACCCUGAGGAGAGGCUGGACUCCGGGCAUGUGUGGAAGCUGCAGUGGGCCAAGCAAUCCUGGUACCUGAGCGCCCCCUCCGCAGAGCUGCAGCAGCGAUGGCUGGAGACCCUGAGCACUGCUGCCCAUGGGGACACGGCCCAGGACAGCCCGGGGACCCUGCAGCCUCAGGUCCCUGUGGGCACAGCUGCUCCGUGAGCUGAGUCUCCUGCUGCCCUGCACUCCACCACAUUGGGCCUGUGCUCUCCUGGGAGGUGGUGUCAGAGGCCAGAUGAAGACCGCCCUGGACUGCUGAGGGUGGGCCAACGGCCCAGAGCUCAGGACACUUGGCUUUGGAGGGAAGGAAACUGAGGCCCAGAGAGGGGCAGCCACUGGCCAAGGGUCACCCAGCAAGUCUUGGCUGAGAGCCUGGCCUCCAGCCCCAGCAGUGUGGCCCAGAGCAGGGGCCGACUGCCACAGUAACCAUCAUCCAUAUGGAUCAUGUGGUGAUGCUGGCCCAGAAGGCAGAAGGAGGCAGCAUGGGCACUGCCAGGGACAGCCACAUCCGGCCGGUCUGCAGUGUGGUCCACCCCCGCCUCUGCCCAGCCUGUCUACACCGUGUGAGCUGAAUCAUGACUCGCUUCCCACCUCCCUUCUCUGUCCUCUCCUGAGGUCCUGCCUCCAGCCCCCAGGAAGUGGACCUGCCGCGUCCUAGCUGGACUCAUGGUUCCUAAAUAACUGCACUCGGAAGCUCUGCUGGGACUUACCCCAGCCACUGAGUGGCAGACGCAUGAGAUUUGUGGCUGUUCCUGGCGCUAGUGGCACACAGUGCUUAUCUGCAUAAAUAAACACUGGCCACCGGCAGUG